AUGUCAACUUCUACAGACAAAACUGCCGAUUCGAAGGCCCGAGCAAAGGCAUUUUUCCGUCCGCAGCGCACGAGGAUGUCGUUGUCGAAUUUCUUCAUGAGCCCAUUUGCGCUCGGUUCUUUGGGGUUUGCCGCCAUCGCGUGGAUCGUGGCCUUCGCGGGCUCUAUUGCUGCCGCGUCCGCGCACUCAGGCAUUAGCUUCCCUAAGUUCACGUGGUGGGGCCUUGUUUUCCAGCUGUUAUUGUUUGCACUAAUUAUUGCUCUCUACGCCACUAAUACAUUCCGCUUCCACCGCUCGUUUCUGGUGGGAACCAUUGCUAUCGCGUUCCUUUACACGUCGAACAGCACCACCCAACUGAUUUAUUCUAACACAUCCUCGAGACUUGCAGCUGCAGCUGGUUGUUUGCUGCUUUCCGUGGUGAAUUUGAUCUGGUUGUUCUAUUAUGGCUCUGAGCCCUCUUCGCCAAUAAUCCAAUGGAUCGACGGAGGAAGAACUGAUGACAUUGACAAUACCAACUUGCCAACCUCGAGAUCUCAUUACCGCGAAGAUCCACUGGCUUUGAGACAUUCUUCGCUGAGAAGUACAGCAACUGCCCACGCGAACAACCCGUUCGAGGCAGAAACGCCUGAACUCCAGCAGCAACAGUCCCACUAUGGAGCGCCGAUUAAAGGUUUUGAGAAUGCCUCAUCGUCUCAGCUCACUAAUGCAGAAGUGGCUAUCCGUACAAGUGGAGUUGAAACCGAUGAUGAUUAUCCAUACCUGGUCAGAGGUCUGUACGACUACGUUGCCAACCCAGAUGACCUAAACGAACUCUCGUUCAAAAAGGGCGAGGUCUUCAAGGUCAAGGAUACCAUAGGCAAGUGGUGGCAAGGUAAAAACUCCAACGGUGACAUUGGUAUGUGCCCGAGCAACUACAUUGAAUUACUGGCCUGA